UCUGGACGAAGAUAAUAUGCUUUGCUAAUAGCCACAGAGAACUGGAUUCUGAUUGCGUUGAUCACUACUUGGUCAGCACUUUCUCAUCGGAUCCAAGCCUAAUAGCCUUUGCACAGUUGUGUUGUGACAAAUCUUGGAAUGACAGAUCUGAUUCUGAUUUCAAGGAGUUCUGUCUGCAAGUGUUGUUUGACUGUAUAAGCAAGGACAGACCAGCUCUUUUGCAGGUUUAUUUAUCUUUGUAUACAACCAAUGGUUGUAUGGCUGAGCUGCUUGUCAAAAGCGAUAGUAAUGUUUGUGAUUCACUUUCAAUCUCAAGCCUCAAGGUUGCUCUUGCCUACAACGAGGAGGUAUCAAGUGGAAGAUUGGCCUCUUCAGGUGGCUUUGUUCAGUCAAUCUUCUUGGCAUCAAUAGGGAAACGGUGUGAAGAGAUUUUGAAUAGCUCAAGGGAGCUGAAGAUGAAUUUGAGAAAUUAUCUGACCUCGGAAGCAUGGCCUGAUGACUAUAACUCAAAGUUGCAGAAAGACACAAACCUUCUCAUGGUAUGUAAAAUGGUUCAGUGUACCGUCACCAUCGAUCAUCAAAGCAGCAGUGGAAAAGAUCAAGUCCAAGCGCAAGAUGUCAACUUGGGCAAUACCUCUGUUACUAUUGUUGUUACCAAGUACGCAUAUUUGUGCGAUAAGUGAAAUUGAUAGGGUGUUUUUAUUUUUCCCCUCGAAUGAAACAACAACUCCAUUGUGAAAACUCAGGAUUUGGUUAUAUUUUAUAGAUUAAUCUUU